CUUAACAAAAACCAAACAAAUCUCUCACUCUGCUGUUAUUAUCCCAUACAAACUUGUAUAGUAAAGGAUCGAGCGGGUCGGACGGGGUCACAUAUUUUAGUAUCUGGAGCAGCCGAACAGCAAUGGAGGGGCACUGGAGUGUUAUGGUGCUUGUAUUUACCGCAUGCCUGGGACCGCCCAUGUGUUCAAAUGCAGUUACUGUGACAACGAUAGAGCGAAAGUCAACCGUAGAGGGCGCCCCCGUGCAGCUUUCUUGCACUUAUCUUCCUCACACUACCCCCGAAGACUUCGGAUACCUUGCAUGGUCGAAGGAUGGCACAACAUUUCUAACCUACGCAUGUGAACAGUCGUGUGGGCUGCAGGAAUCGACAUCGACCCCAAUGGACAAGUACGACCUUAACGUUGACACGAGUUCGAGUGGGAAUCUGACGAUUUUUGACGUUGAUCUGGAUGACGAGGCCACGUACAUGUGUUCAGUGCUUACCAGUGACCUGGUCGUGUAUUCAAGCACAACUCAACUAACCGUUGAUGUUCUUAUUCAGGACAUUGUAGUGUCAGACUACAGGACCGCGUACACCAACAAUUCGGUCGUGCAAAUCCAAGUUGAACAAUCCUAUCAGUUUCGCUGCUCCCUCGUUCUACCAACAAAACCUCGCGUUGAGAUUGUCUGGGAGGGACAGCAAAUAGAUUUCACAAUGGAUGAUCAGGUCGAUGAACCGAGCAGAGACGACAGCGGCCUGGUGAUGUCACAUCGUGUUGUCCAUGUGACGGCAGGCAUGCAGGAUUCUGGGAAGGCUUUAAGUUGCGUAGCAACGCAUCCAACGACGGGUCAGACUGUGGUUUCUAGGGUUGUCUUGGAUGUCCAAGCAUGCCCGUCGUCUGUCAUGGUCCACGAAUGCCCGACAUCAGUAAUUUCCGGAGACUCAGCAACUCUUCGAUGCCGUUCGGCAGCAACUUCGCCUCCACCUGUGCUCUACUGGCUCUACGAUGGCGUCCGUGUUCAAAAUUCCACAUCGACCAUUGCCGAAGAUGGUGCGAACGUUUUAUCGCAUACCAAAUUAUUCGACAGAGUAGACUUCAACAGGGAGUUCAAAUGUUGUAUCGAGUCCACUGCAAUGUGCAACCAGCUAUGUUCCGAAUCAUGCAGACCAGAUAUUCUAUAUCCUGUUUCCAAUGUGGCGGUUCACUCCAGCGUACCCAUUGACAGCGUCAUAGAAGGAACCCGGGAUCUUGAAGUCAAUUGCACUGCGAGCGGUAAUCCAAUGGGGUCGUCCUUCAUCGGCUGGACGCGUAUAGACGAAGAUGGUAACGUCGCUGGACCGCAGCGGGAGUCACCGAUGAAGUUUACCGCAGUCAGUCGGUCGGAUGCCGGGAGGUACCGCUGCACUGUCGACAACGGUGUGGGUUCAAGCCGCUUUGAAACCGUGAAGAUCAUAGUCUACCAUCCUCCAAACAUCACUAACGAAGGAUACCGCGCCCAUCGCAAUGAAGGCGAAGCGGUAUCACUGACCUGCAACGCAACGGCGAACCCUAGACCAAAGAUCACAUGGUACACACCCGAUAACAGAACGAUCAGUGGCCCGCCCUCUGCGGUGGAAACUACAACAGAACAAAGUGACUACUCUAUCAACAUCAGCAGUAGGCUGGAUAUAGUCAAUAUAGUUCCGGCCGUCCAUUACGGGAUAUAUCGGUGCGUAGCGGAAAAUGACUACGGAAGGGCUGAGAUAAGUGUCACUCUCGGUGGAAAGUCCAAACCCGCCCCACCAACGGCAGUAAGUUUCAUCCAAAAGACAACCACCCAGACAUCUCUGGACAUCAUCUGGCGGCCGGGGCACGAUGGGGGCGCUGAUCAGACAUAUACCGUGACGUCAUGUCUAGUGGGAGCCAAUGAGAAGUGUACUGUUCAUCGCGGUAUAACAGAUACGCAUUUCAACAUCACCGCGUUGCAGGCGUACUCGCUAUAUGACGUCACCGUAACCGGAGUCAAUGUUUUCGGGGAGAGCGAAGCGUCGAAACCUGCUCGAAAUUCCACUGCUCCUUUGUCACCUGAUCAACUUGGUGUAGUCGCUACGUUUGACAUCACAUCUGGCUAUAUUACUGUUAAGCGCAAAUCAAACAACACAAGGCCGAUACCUAAAGACCUCUGCUUUGACUUGGAGGUUAAGGUGAUUGUUGCUCGACGCGAAGAGGCGUGUCUGAAGCUCAACAAUCCAGUCAAAGUGGAGACUGUAGUCUCACAGUCACAGAUCUGGUUGCUUAGCUGUGGGCGGGGCGUGUGCAGCGAGGGGGAUCACGUGAUGUUCCCAGCUCCGCCCUUGGAAAGUAAAUCGCCAGAAACUAAUGACCUCGACAUCACCAGCCUUGUCGCUAUCGUAGCGGGCGCUGUCGUGUGUCUAGUCGUCAUCCUCAUCGUAUUCGCUGCAUGGAAAUGGAACAAAAAGAGAGGUCCUAUGCUGCACAAGCAGAUGAGCUCUCGCAAACUUCCAACUUUACCGCGUGGCAAUAGUUGUGGCCCGCCCUCACCGUCUUGUCAAGAGGCAAUGGAGUCUCAGGUAUACGACGGUCUAGAGCUGGGAUCGGUGAACCAAUACAUGCAUCCUUAUGCUCAGUCGACUAUCCCUGCCAACAAACACUGCAAAGCUCCUUCUAAAUGCCCUCCAGACUCCGAUCUCCAAUAUGGCGACCUGAAAACCGAUGAUAUACCGCCACCAAGUGGCGAUAAGGUGAAACAAAAUCACAUCGAAGGUACCUACACGACUACACUCAGUUACUUGCCAAUGGGUUCCCCUAGUGUUUUAAAGAAAACCGAGCGUAAGCCGAGCAGCCCCGUUGAUAGGGUGACGAGCGAGCCAGCUUUCACUUCCGUGGGUAAAAACAAUGGCGAGCCGGAAAAUGACGAUGUUCAAACAGCGCUGCUCGUCGACAUCGGAGAUGAACGAAGGUCGCCGAGCGGCAGUGAUGAUGGGUACUACUCGGUUCCGAAGAAUAGCCGAGUGGCGUCGAUUGAUGAGACAACCCCGGCGCUCGGGGUCUAUUGAAACUGCGCAUGCGCUCUUUCCUGUGAGGAAUGAACUAAAGAAUAGUCUACCAGGAGUGAAAAGGCUUGUCUUGUCAGCUUCAUGGUUGCUGGAGUUGAUGGGAAACAUUCCAUCGUUGAGAAACGCAAGGGCAUUAGAAAUGCACAAAGUUGAAAGACCUGCAAGGUUGUUUUAAUGAGUACUAGCGGAAAAGGAAGCUGUUCGACCUACAUGAUUGUAUGAUCAAUUCAUCUAAAAUGACAGCAUGCUUAUACCGCCGAGUGAUUUCAAGAUACAUGUAUUUGUUUGGUAUUUUUGGUUCGUUCGUAUCGGAAAAAAUGAGCUAAAGUCGGCAUAAACAUUUUAGGGGAAUUAUCGUAGCACUCUGAAUUUCCAGAGUCUUAUGUUGCAAUCGUUAUUAAUCAAUGACUACCAACACUUGCACAAUCAGAAUUGUAAUUAAUUUUCAGCAUUAAAAACAUUCAUUGAUCAAAUAUGGAAUAUUAAGAUUCGGUUAUUAUCACCUAUAUAUUAUUCUCGAGCAACCGAUAUUGCCUGUUUUAUGUUCGCCAGUUUACACUAAAACGGAGAGAUCGUAAGUUUGUCAUUUUGCAUUUAAAAUGAACAGGUCGAAAGUUGUUUUUUUCUUUCAGGGUUAUCAAUUAAUGUUAUCAUCUGAGUUGCUAUAUAAAGCUGCUAGUAUUUUGCCUAUUAUAACGCUCCGUUCAUGCACUUUACGCCUUAUACAAUGUAAGAUAUGAAAAUGUGUUAUUUGUUAAAGAAUGCUUUUCCAAAUAUCUAACGUUGUGCAUUAGCUUAUUCCAUCCUUUGUAC